UCGCCAGUCUGUCGGUGUUUUGUUCGCCAGUAAGUUGCUUUGAUAAAUAUCUUGUUGUUGCUUUCGGGUAGUGCGCGCCACCGUCUUAAAGUUUGAAAUUAUACGCAAUCGUUAAUAAUUAUCAGUUUUGUUGUGUAAACAAGAGACAUAUCUCGAUAUUUCUAUUAUCUCGGCUGUUUUUUUGUAAGAUUUAUCAUAUGGUAAAGUGAAGUCGUUACGAAUAGCACCUAGAUUACGUGCUUAGAUUAAUGAGUUAGAUAUGAAGAAUACAAAAUAUUCAAUUCAAUUUUUUUGCACCUUAAUUAUCGCAAACGGUCAAAAUGAUAUGCAUUCUAAUUCGGUUUAGUAGAUAACUGCUAUAUGAAUCAAGCUACAGACAAACUAGUGAUUAUUUUAUAAGUGGCUAAUUCUCCACAACAGUAGAACGCCUUCAAAUUGUUUCUUUACGUCAUCCUACUUCCGGCGGAGGGAAGAAUGUGGCUGUUUUUAAUCAAUUUGGGCGUAGCCAUAACAGUUGUUUUGGGUAAACCUGAUCGUGAUGUUGGUCAUCCUUGUCCAGGACCUCCCGAUAAGGGUCCUUGUAACAGAAUUUUAUAUAAGUGGGCAUUUGAUCACGACAAAAAUAAAUGUGUGAUAUUUGUUUGGGGUGGCUGUGCUGGUAACGACAAAAACAGAUUUAACACCGAAAUCCAGUGCAUACGGACAUGCAUGUCCUUAAAAUAUCGGUCCUUUAAAUCCGAUAAUUUUACGGUACCGAAAGAGAAACGUGGGCCUCAACUAACCUUCCAAGAAACAGGAAAUCACAAUACUUUUAUGUUUGCUCAAUCUAACACGUUUAUUCAAAUUGAUGGUGAUAUUAUACAAACAUUUCAGUUGAGAUUGUGUCGGCAGAUUUCUUUCCAAUUUAGAACAAGAUUACCACAUGGGCUUCUAGUCUACCAUAACGUUAAAGUACCUGCCGGAGUUUCAUUGCAGCCGUACGCUUUGUAUAUUAUUGUUGAACAAGGUCAAUUAAAAGUUGUUCAUGUCUAUGGUAAACAUUCAACUGCGCUAACGGUUGGUAGAGGUCUUAAUAGAGAUGAGUGGCAUUCAGUUACAGUAAGAAUUGACGUGCAUGGAGGGCGUUUAAUGGCGACUGUUGAUGAUCAAAAAGAAGAAAAAAACCUCGAUGGACUAGAUAAAGAAACUAACUACGGGGUUUCUGCGAACGUGACAUCAGUAAUACUUAUAGGAGGCUUGAGUUCCGAAGAACGGCUUCAUGGUGUUAAGUACAUCAUAGAAUCGUUCGUUGGUUGUAUAAAAGAUGUAAUUCUUAGUACUGGCAAAUCAGCAUCUGAUCUCUUGCCUAUUAGUCCUUUAAUAGCAACUAAACACGAGAACGUUCAAGAAGGUUGCGUCGAUAAAUGUCAGACCUCUGAAAAUCUUUGUUUUAGAGGCUCCCGAUGUAUUAACCACUACAAUUCUUUAACAUGUGAUUGUUUUGGUACUUUAUACGAAGGAGAGUUCUGCGAUAUUUAUACUGCCACAGUAUUGACACUUCGGGGAUCGUCCUACGUUUCUUAUAGAGUCUACGAUUGGAAAGAUAGAGUGCAUUCUUCUAUUAACCGUUUUUCGAUGUUGUUUAAGACAAGAUUUGAUGAUUCUGCUCUAUUUUAUGCAGCAGGAGGAGAGCAUGGAAUCGACCAUUAUAUUGCGGCAUCUAUUUACAAUAAUUCAGUACACAUCGAGCUUGAUUUCGGUAGUCAGUCCAUGAGUCGCGUUCUGGGACUUAUCAAUGAUUUUAAAUUAAAUCAGUGGAACAACCUGACGAUUUUUCACGAUCACGACAAAAUUCAUUUAAUUUUGAAUAACGAAAAUGUUGUAUUAAACAUUAGUGGUUCUCCAAUGCUGUGUAUAGAUCCUGAAAUCUAUAUAGGUGGAGGUCCUGAACUGCAGAAGAAGACGGGAUUAAAAUCAAAGAACAAUUUCGCAGGAUCACUGAAAUAUGUGUUUUUUAAUGACAUUUCAAUUAUAUACGAAUUAAAUAAAAACAACCCAAAAGUGCACUAUAUAGGAAUUUUACGUCCAGAAUUUUAUGAAACCGAUGUGAAAGAAAUUCCAAUUACAUUUCCUUUUGCUUCUUCACACAUAUGGUGGCUAAACAACUAUAUAGACAACUUAUCGAUAAGCUUUAAUUUUAAAAGCAGUAGUAAUUUAAGUGUAUUGGCGUCUAGCGAAACAAAUACAAAAUUGUACUGGGAAAUUCGGGUAGUCAACGACGAAGUAAGAUUUGAAUUGAUGGAUAUGGUCAAAAAUAUCACUCAUUUGAUCAGCGUUAAGAAAACACCGAAAAUAUGGCACUUUUUGAAUUUAACAUAUUUUGGCGGUGAAGUCAUUUUGAGAGUCGAUAACAAGGAAAAACAAGAACGAAUUGAGGAUUUAAAAUUUGCGAUUGGUGAUAAAAUUAAAGCGGGAAGUGGAUCUCGAUCAAAUUCGGGAUUAGUUGGUUGCAUGAGAGACAUUACUGUAAACGGUGAAAGUUUAGAACCAAGAUCUGUAUUACAGUCUGAGAGAGUAGUGGGAGAAGUCACCUUAGACAACUGUAAAUUUGUCGACCCUUGCUUAAGACCAAACACAUGUGAACAUGGUGGUAAAUGUUCAGUGAAGGAAGACAAACUUAUCUGUGAUUGCACCGACAGCGGUUAUACAGGCAAAAAUUGCCAUUUUACCAAAUAUAGAAAAACUUGUGAAGAACUUGCGUUGUUAGGCUACACGAAACCUGAUGUGUAUUUAAUCGAUAUAGAUGGAAACGGAAGGUUUCCUCCUGCCCAUGUUCGUUGUGAAUUUCAAAGCUUAGAAGAUUCUACUAAAACUAUAGUCGAACACAACUUGCCCAGUCAAAUUGAUGUUAGAUCGCCGUCUGAGAAAGAUUUCAGCUUUACCAUCAAAUAUAGAGAAUUUACUGCCGAUAUGCUUCAAGAAUUAGUUUCACACUCUCUAAACUGUAGCCAGUAUAUCAAGUAUGAUUGCUAUAAAGCGCCUAUAGGAUUACAUUCGGCAACGUGGUUUAUAAGUUCCGCUAACGAAACGGUCGAUUUUAUUGGCGAUGUUAAAAGAGGAACCUGUCCUUGCUCUGUUGGGAAAAAAUGUGAAAAUCCUUCCCAAUGGUGCAACUGUGAUGAUGCUGCAGACGAUAAAUGGAACUCAGACGAUGGAUACUUCAUUACUUCUGAUAGCCUUGGUAUCACUAAAAUGAUAUUUUUACAAAAUCCUGAACUACCUGAAGAAGCACUUGGACGAAUUACUUUAGGUCCUUUGGAGUGUGUUGAAACUAAUACUCAAAGGUAUGUUGUUACUUUUACAACAAGUCAAUCAUAUAUCGAAGUGCCAGGAUGGAGAAAAGGUGACUUGGCCUUCUCAUUUCGAACUACUGGAAAAAAGGCUAUUUUACUUUAUCAACCACCAAUAAGACCGAAUUAUCCAAGUUUUAUGAUUGCUUUAACUAGCGAUGGUCAGUUGACUUUUAAUUUUACACUUAACACGGGUGUUUCAAAAGAACUAAUAAUUAAUACUCAUCGUAAAUUAAAUGGAGGCGAAUGGCACAAACUGUGGAUCGACUAUAAUAAAUAUCACGUACGACUAAUGUUAAAUGAAGAACACGUUAUGGAUGACCUAAAACCUGAAGAAGAAUUUGGGCCUUUCGAAGGUUCAAUGUUUAUUGGAGGAGCACCAAAUGACUGGCUCGAACCAAAGGCAUCUGUACAUCAAGGCCUUAUCGGAUGUUUUAGAGGUUUAGUUGUAAAUGAAGAAAUUUUGGACAUUUAUAGUUACAUGAGUGUACACUUGAGUGAAAUUAUCAAGGACUGCAAACCUUCCUGUGUACCUAAUCCUUGUCAGAAUGGAGCUCAAUGUAAAGAACUGUGGAGCACAUUUGAGUGUAUAUGCCCUAAUCCCUGGGCAUAUAAGGGAGUACACUGCGAAGAAAAUAUUAAUGUUAACGCCUUAACUUUCACAAAACCUGAAUCUUUUCUCCGACGGAACUACCUAAGUACAGAAGAAGAAAUGGACAAGAAUGCUUUAAAAAAGAUCUUUGAAGAACAAAUAUUAAUAAAUCUAAGAACAUACGACGAACUAGCUUUGAUUUUCUACGCAAAUGAUCAUUUGAAUAAUUUUGUUCAUUUAUAUAUCUGCAACGGUACUCAAGUUGUAUUCUUAUUUAACUACGGCAGUGAAAUCUAUGACGUAACUGUCGAACAUCCGGAAUUAAAUUCUAGUAAAUCUGUACAGAUCGCAAUUGAACGUGGCGAGAACAAGACUACGAUGUACGUAAACGAUCGAAACGAAAGCUUAGCGAUGGGAGUUUUGUUGUUAGACACAUACUCUAAUAAACCAUGGAUUAACCCAGAAAAGGAGGUUUUAGCUCCACAAAGACCACCCGCGCCUCCCACUGACUACUUUCAAUUAAAUUUAGGCGGAUAUGACCCUGAAACAUUAUUAAAAGUAGCGGAGGAUCCACCCAUUUUGCCGGGAUACGUGGGAUGCAUGAGAGGAUUUCAAAUUGGACAAACGCUGAUAGAUCUCCCGCCUAAAGUUACAGACAUUGAUGAAGGCGUUAAAUCGAACUGUAGUAUGAAAUGCGAUACGUUACCAUGCAAACAUGGGGGCAUUUGCAUCGAAAACUUUAGGAGCCAAGAUCAUUCGUGUGAUUGUGAACAUACAAGUUAUUAUGGUGAUUUUUGCUCCGAAGAAAAAGGAGCUGAUUUCAGUGGAGAAUCCAUCUUAUGGAGAGAGUAUAUCUUGAAUGGUUCCGUGGAUCAUGUUAAAAUACAACUUGCGUUUUCGAGCAUGGAUGUCAGACAGAAGAAUACCGUCUUAUUACUUCUGCAAACUGAAAACAACCGAAGUUUUUAUUUUCUGGUUGGCCUGAGCCCAGAUGGACAUUUGAUUAUACAAGAGGACAGAGAAGGUGCUGUUUUCGAAGCAACCGUUAAAGAAAAAAGUUUUAUUAAUGGAGCUCGUCACUCUGUGUAUUAUAGAAGAGACCAUAAUGACUCGGAAUUGCUGGUAGAUCGAAAGAUCAUCGAAAUGCAACAAAUUCAGGCGCAGACGUUUACUAAUGUACCGGAACUGGGAGCUAAUGAAGUUCAAAUUGGCGGUCACAACACAAAUGAUCCUAGAUUUGCGAUAUACAAAGGUUACAGUGGCUGCUUGUCUAAUAUUUUAAUCGAAGUCAAUGAACAUGUCAUGAAGCCACUAGAAGAAUACAUGUUGUUUACUAAAACAGGAGCGGAAAAAGUAAAUGUGUCAAAUCCUCAAGGCGUUCGUAGUGCUCAGUGCAGUACUCAGUUUGACGUUCUCCAUGAAAAAACACCAGGCACGACGAACCUCAACAUCAGUCAAGGUAAAGAUAAGACUUGGGUGGAAGAUGCCCCUCAAAGAAUUUUAUAUGUUUCGGACUAUCUCGCCACGACUGAACAAGAAGAAGGUGUAGAUAAAAUCGUCGUUGUCGUAUUAUCCGUAUUUUUUGUUUUAAUUAUUAUUUGUUGUAUUUACGAAUUAUAUCGCACCGAUAAACAAUAUAGACGGCGAAAAGAACUUGAAACAGAUGCAAAUAUAUUAUGGUCAAAAGAGCAAGCUGCUAAAAUGCAAGAAACACCCUUUGUUCAAGCGUCGUCAGACGCGGGCUCUAAACCUCCAACACAAAAUGGCAAAUUACCAAACGAAACUGUAAAUGGAGCCAAUAAUGUUAAGAAAGAUAAUGAGCCAACUGCAAUACCGGCAGAGGAAACACUUUCGUUGGAAGAAAUUCCAGCCAGAAAUCUUAAAAGAGUUGAUAGCAAACGAGAAAAACGGAUCAGUUUCAGAGACAGUGCUAGCGAAUUAGCUUGGGAUACACCUGAAGAAAGUUCUGAAUUGUUAACGACAAUGGAGGAAGAAGAAGAAGAAGAAAAUAAUAAAUCCGACGAGGAGUUAACACAGAAACCUGUACAUUUGACACCACCUAUCAGGGCACGCAUAAGAAGUCCACCUCCGCACAACAAUCCAUUAGCCACCCAACUACCGUAUAUGAUUGAUGAAAUGGGAAGUUCAGAAUUCACUGGCACAUCUUCACCGGUACUGGGUUAACUUUCACUGUAAAUAAUACUGUUCAAAACAUUUUUGUUCAAAGUAUUAAUUACCACCUAAUUUUGUGUUAUUCACUGUCGACUGAAUCAUCUUUAGCAAAUAUACACAUUUUAUUUUA